GCACGCCGAGAUGUCUGAGCUGCCCGCUGGCUGCAACGGCCCGCCGGAGGAGGUAGGCGGCGGGAGGCGGGAGCCGGCCCUGGCACUGCCAGAUCCGUUGGCGGAGGGAGCCGGGCCGCUGGGGGCUGCGGAGCCAGAUGCAUUGGCAGGAGCAGCGGGAGCAGGUCCGAUGGCGGCGGCCAGGGAUCCUGCCCGGGGCCCAGCGGAGCCCGCCGAGGAAGAAGCCCCGGAGCACCGCCGUCGGGUCCGCGCCGGCCUCGGUCCGAGCCGGGCAGCGCUGCCCUACCUGCGCCUCCGCCACCCCCUGAGCCUCCUGGGCAUCAACUACCAGCAGUUCCUGCGUCACUACCUGGUGAACUACCCGAUCACCCCCGGCCGCAUCCAGGCCCUGGAGGAGCGCCGCCGCCUGUUCGUCGAGGCCUGCCGGGCACGCGAGGCCGCCCUGGACGCCCACUACCAGCGCAACCCGCAGAGGAUGGACUUUGACAUCUUGAUGUUCACCAUCGCCCUCACCGCCUCCGAGGUCAUCAACCCCCUGAUCGAGGAACUGGGCUGCGACAAGUACAUCAGCAGGGAGUAGAUAUUGGGGGGCCGGGCCCCGAGCGGCCCUCCUGGCCACCUCCACAUCCAGGCAGUAUUGUUACAAUCUCUGUUUUUUACUGUUACUAUGAUUAUUCUUACUA